UAUGCUGAAACACUACCAGUUACUGGACAAUGUGGCAAAGUGUUUGAUACUGUGCAGUACUCGUGUCUGCUGAUUUUCUUCCUGCUGGAGAUGGCUAUAGCCAUCAUGGGAUUCGUGUUCCCGCACACGAUGCAGUCAGUGCUGGAGGAGUCAUUCACCGACAAGAUCAUCCACAUGUAUCACGAGGAUGUCGACCUGCAGAACCUCAUUGACUUUGCUCAGCAAGAGUUCCGAUGCUGUGGACUCAGCACGGAAGGCUACAUGGACUGGGCGAAAAAUGAGUAUUUUAACUGCAGUUCGCCGAGCGUUGAGCACUGUGGUGUCCCCUUCUCCUGUUGCAUCAACGCCACAGACAUCUCUAGUGGACUUGUCAACAUUAUGUGUGGUUAUGGAGUUCAAGAAUUAUCUGUGGCGGAGGCAGGGAAGAAGGUUUGGACCAGUGGCUGCAUCGAGAUUGUGCGUUCCUGGGCAGAGAGGAACCUCUACACCAUAGCUGGCUUUGCCCUGGGAGUCGCUCUGUCUCAGUUGUUGGUGAUCUACUUGGCGAAGACGCUGGAGGGCCAGAUCGACCUGCAGAAGUCCAGAUGGAACACUUGAAACAUUGCCUACCAUCUCGGAUAAGUGCAUGUCACUUUGUGGUAGGCUCCGAGGACUGAUCAAGCCUGAUAUUGGGCAAGCAUCAUACACAUUAAAUGCUGCAGAUGUGAGCGCGUUGGCGUGCGUGCCAAGUAUCCAACAUGCGGCAUCUCGCCAAAAGGAGAGAGCAAUGGGUUGCUAGUUGUUUUCAACUAGUCCAUAUUAUGUCUGUGUUUAUUUCUACUUGCAAUAUGAAUGUAUAGUUUAUGAGCCAAAUAUGUGAAUGUGCGUAUCUGUAAUAGUUGCAUUAAAUAUGUAAACUGUAUUUUUAUUUAGCUUGUGUCAAGGAUAUACUGAAUUAUAAGCCUUUUUAAUAAAGUGAUUCAUUUUAUAUUUAUUAGUUGGUUCCUUGCUCUGUGCACUUACGCAACACAGAAUCAAGUUAAGUCCACGGUAAGUUUUCAGAUGAUGUCUGUGCAAGUGGUUCAAUGCCAAGAAUUCUAUCAAUUAUCACCAGGUUUAU